CCCUGUGGGCAAAAAGACUUAGGGGGCGCAAAACAAGAAAUUUGCCUACUUUGUUUUAUCUGUCUGUGUAGAUAGUUAAUACCACUUAAUACAGGUAGAUACUUAUAAAUUGGAUUUGAUUUAAUACCAGUAGUUGUCAUAUGUUUACGUUGAUGCCUUUUCGGAAAACUGCUUUCGGAAUACUUCUGUGUUAUUCUCAGUUGGUAACGACGAAAAUAAUGUGUUGGUAUUGAUAAGUUAGAAUUUUUAAACGUUUAACUGCGAAUCUCCUUGUUUUUGGACGAGUUUCAUGAUUGCAGUAAGAUAGUUGUAUUAACGUAACAUGGUAAAAACUGUAAUCUUACCAAGUACUGUUACUAAACGUUUGAUUUCGACACUCGGGUGUCCCCCUGCUGUUCACUCGAAUGAUGAAAGCCAAAAUUUUUGUUUGAAAGGUAGCAAAGAGUUUGCUUCUAGAUCUGGAAAUGUGUUUGGAGAGCUUGAAAUACUGGAGAAGAAUCAUGAGACGUGGGUAUCAGAAAAUUACACCCAUGAUUGCUUCGAAGAGCCUGCCAGUAGUACUGAAAUAUGUGUGAAGACCGAAAUUUUCAAAAAACCCACAAUCGUUCCACUUUCGAAACGAAGAUCUGAUUUGCGCUUUAAAAGAAGAUCCCAAAAGUGGACCUACUAUUCUCUAGCAGACGUACCUAUUACAUCCGAUGCCACAAAUGCUGCUGUAGCUGUACAAUUUCUAAAUGAAUUGCGUAAAAGGCAUGAAAAUAAUAACGACGGUGAAAAAAGUCAGAAUGAAGGGAAAAUAAUGUUUUCCAAGCCGACACGGAAACGCAGUAGGCGCUUUCCUCAUACCGAGUCUUCUGAGUCUGCAACAUCAGAGACUGAAAACUUUACCAAUUUAACAAUUAAUAAAGAAGAAAGAGCUCCAAAAGUGCAGAAAGUUUAUAAGCUUUCAUCCAUUAAUGUAAAACUUGAUCAUCUUCAGAAUGAUUUUUGAAAAUCAAAGAAAUCAGUUCAUCACAGUUCUUUAUUCAUUUAUAGAUUGUAAGUGUCCAGUGAUUAAUAGUUAGACUGAUCCUAUUGCAUGGUGAUUAACUAAAUGUUCAUUCUUGGAAAAUCUACCAUUUGAUUUUCAAAAGGUAUUUAGCCUUUUUUAAAAAUUGGAUAUUAAUGUUAAAUAAAACCCGAAUUUCAUAAAUUA